AUGAUAGAACCCUCUGAAGACUCAUUUGAGACGAUGAUGGAGCUUAAGAAUCCAUCAUCAAAACAAAUGGAGUCCUCCGAGGGCUCAUCCAACACCUUUGAAGAGGCACCUGGCAGCAGUGGGGCCCAGGCCCAGGAGGGCUCAGAAAGUGGCCUGGGCCAGGAAAAAAUGGAGCCACCCAGUGGCCCACUCGAGGAAAUGCAAGAACUGCCCACUGAUCUAACCCAAGAACCAUCCACUCGACCCUAUGAAGAAGGAACGAACGACCAACCCGAAGACAUGGAGGAGACAAGUGAUGAUCCAAACCAGGACUAUGGAUCGAACCAGGAAGAGUCAGAUCCACUGAGUGACAUAUCCGAUUAUAGCAUGAAUGAAACAAUGACCUCAGCUGAGACCCAGUCAGAUCAAGAUGAUACUGACCUGGGAGAUGAAGAGGAGGACGACGAUGAAGAUUCUGAAGAGGAAGAUCCGUCCAGGAGCUCUCCGGCAGAAGCCGUGGCCACGAUGGGGUCCAUCAUCUCGCUGUUCCUCCGAAUGGAAGACCUCGAAGAACAACAGAAUGCGGGAGAAAGGAUCAUGAUGCAAGCCCUCAAUGAAGACCGCCUGCCCGCCCUCAGGCCCUUCUCUGGAGAUCGCAGAGACUACAAGGAGUUCAUUGUGCACUGCCAGAUAACCAUGCAGAGCUACCCAGUAAUGGUAAACAACGAUCAGCUGAAGGUGAGAUUUGUCAUCCACCACCUUUCUGGCGUAGCCUUAGAAUGGGCCAACGACCUAAUAGAACAGAACAGCCACCUGAUCAACGACUUCCCAGCCUUCCUCGAGGCCAUGUCAGAAAAGUUUGAGUACCGGAAUACACUGCGUGUGGCGGAAGAUGCCAUGUUGGACAUCAGACAGCGCAACCGCUGUGCCGCCGACUACAUCAAUGAGUUCCUGGGUCUGAUACCCACCUUAGGCUGGUCAGAUGAAGUCCUGCAGGCCCACCUGUGCCUGGGGCUCAAUGAAGACAUCAGGCGCUAUCUGUUUCGGAUCCCUCAGCCAGAUUCCCUGAGAAGCCUGAUUAUUCUUGUUCUGCAAAUUGAAGAGAAGUUGGCAGAGAGAAGGGCAUUACUCAGGCUGCCCCUCGAGUCCCGCCCAAGAGGCCUGGCUUGGAUGGACGCACCUGCCCCAGACAAGUGGAGGGUUAGCAGCUGGCCUCCCAAUGAGUUCCACCCAGGCAUUGACCGUCAUCACUUCUUCCUGAUGCUCUUGGUGAGAGUGAACCCCUACCACAGCACUGCAGUGAAGGCCCUGGUGGACCCGGGUGUAGAAGGAAACUACAUGGAUGAGAAGUUUGCCCAGGAAAACUAUGUGGAACUCUAUGAGAAAACUCAUCGACAGAUAAUCCAAGGUGUGGAUGGCUCCGUGAUUGGCAAUCAACUUGUCUGGCUGUGUACCGACUCCCUGGCGUGUGUCCACCAGAAGCACUAUGAGUGGCUUGAAUUUGACAUCCUACCUUCGACCAACUUCUCCAUCAUCUUAGGCAAUAAGUGGCUCCAGACCCACGAACCUGAAGUUGACUGGCAGAGAGGCCGUUGUACCUUCCACUCUCCCUACUGUAUGAAGAACUGCUGCAACCCACCUCCACCAUGCAUCGCACUCGAGAACUACAGAAUAAGCCUACUACCCGGACUGCCACACACAUACUCAGACCUGGCCGACGUGUUCAACCCGAGGGAGGCAGAUGAUGAGACUUCCGACCAGCCAAGCUCAGACGGAUCCGAUGGUCUUUCUGAAUCAGAGCCCUCUGAGCUUCAGCAGGCUGGAGACAGUGAUCAAAACGGCGUCUUUCACAGGCGAAGGGCCAAAGAGACUUUGAAAUCUGAGCGUGCCAGGAUGCAAGAAAAAGCCAGGCAGCAAGAGGAAUACUGGAUACUGUAUGACAUGCUGAACGACAGACAAGACUACAUACAGAUGGUACCAGAAUUGUUUGACCAGUUACAUGCAGCUUCAUGGUUCACAAAACUGGAGGUGAUCGAGAUCGACAAGGCCGAGAUGAAGAACAGUGUCACACACACAGAAGACACAUGGAAAGCAUCGUUUGGUUUCAGCGAUCAAACCAUGAGAUGCUACCGGCCCUAUACAGUGAGCUCAUUCUCUGAUGAAUCUAACAACUUUAUUCACAAGAUCCUAAAAGACAUGCUAGGCUAUUUUGUGAUCUGCCAUGGCAGAGAAGUUCUGGUCUACUCAAUGAGCAAGGAGGAACACCCCGUACAUGUUCGCCAAGUCCUGCUCCGCUUUCGCUAUCACAACAUCCACUGCUCACUGGACAAAACUCAGUUCCACCGCCAGAAGGCAGACAUCUUGGGCUUCACCAUAUCCCCCAAAGGGGUGAAACUGAGCAAGAAGCUCACGGACAUCAUGGUGGAGUGCCCUGUCCCUGAGACCAGAAGAUGUCUUCAAGGUGUGAUUGAGCUCUUCUAUCCGUAUCGCCACUUCGUGGAGCACUUUUCUGUCAUGGCAGAGCCCCUGGUGAAACAAAUGCUGAGUUCAGAGCCCUACUACUGGGGAGAAGAGGAGCAGGAGGCAUUUGAUUCCCUGAAGAGGGCUUUCAGCAGGGCGCCCGUUCUCUACCACCCUAAACCUCAAAACCCAUUCUACUUGGAAACAGGCACCGUUGGGUCAUUCCUGUAUGCCUCCCUGAUUCAAACGGACUACACAACUGGCAGAAAAGCUACCUGUGCUUUCUACUCAAGACCCCUCUCCCUGAUGGAGGUGGAGUACCCUCAAGUUGAGAUGAGGAUCCUUCCAAUCCGGGCUGCCUUCAUGGUGUGGUUCCGCUACCUGGAGAACACCGAGGAGCCCAUCAUGAUCCUUCUCAACACAGAGGAUCUAGCCUCUCUGAAUUAUGACAGGCUCACCGUACUCCUCCCAGGGCAUUGGAUCUUUUUCUUCUCACAUUUCAAUUUCAGCGUCAUGGAGAUGCCCGAUCAGGAUGACACCUACGCCCUGUUCCGCAGUUGCCGGAACCAGAGAGGCUUCAGAGCAAGGUUUCUGCGCCCACUGCUGCUUAUGGCAAUGAGGGCGGGGUACAUGGACUCAUCCUCUGAUUCGGAGGAUGAGGAUGAGGACCAGGACGAUGAUGACGAGGAGGACAGUGAAGUAGAUUCAGAGCAAAUAGAGCUGAACCGGCAGACCAUGAUGCAGGAGCUACUGGCUACCAUCCCAAUGGACCGGAUCCUCAAUAACGUCCUGGUCCGCUUCACCGAGGCCCAGAUCCGGGCCGUUGUCCUAAACUUCUUCCGGGGUCUGUUCUACUGGAGGACUGUCCUGGGUGUGUCAGUCCUCCUGGUGAUGUCGAGAGCGAGGAGGCCCCUCUCCCCACUGCCUGAACCCUCUUUGGAAGUGGCCAGGCCUCAGCCCAGGCCCACGCUCCGACUCAUUCUGGACCCGACCCUCAUCGCAAGCAGUGGCAUGGCCACUGCCAUCGCUCAGUUGCUCAGGCAGAUGCCCCCUCUAGUGGGUGCCAAUGCUCUCCCAGCUCGAGAGCUGGCUGAGCUGGUCCUGAGCCCGAGGUGCUGGCAUCGGAAUGCUUUGCAUUCCCAACCUCCACGGGGCAUGCGAUUCACCCCCGGGUUCUGGUUGACCCUGUGUGAGUUCUUCGGGGUCAGGGUCAACCCUGAGGAGGACAUCUUCCCUGACCCAUACCAGCACCGAUACUUGGAGCUGCACGUCGUUGGCGAUGAAGAUGUCGUCUUGCGAGAAGCCCUGCAAGACGACCUGCAACGUUACCGUCAGUGUGGCCUGCAUGACGGCCUGCAAGACACCUCGCAGGACGCGCAGGACAACGACGUGCAAGAGGACCCACUUGGCGACCAAGAGGCGGUCACCUUCCGCCCACGAAAUCUGUUGGACCCAGAGGUCCUAGAUUUCCUCAACAACCGGCUACUCUACACCCUUGGCUCCGAUGGCCGCCUUACUCUGCUUAGCAGAGAUCAGGUGGCCCGGACCCUCACACGAUUCCUGACCAUGGCCUCCAGAAUGGCCCUGCCUUCCCCUGCCAGGGAGCAGGCAAGGCUAGAAGAACUAUCGGACUCAGAUGAAGAACUUGACUGA